CAAUGACUGCAAAAUGAAUCCUUGUAAGAACAAUUCCACCUGUACUGAUCUUUAUGAUAGCUAUCGCUGUGAGUGUACACCUGGAUGGACUGGACAAAAUUGUAGUGAAGAAAUAAAUGAAUGUGACUCUGACCCAUGCAUGAAUGGAGCUCUAUGUCAUGAGUCUUCCAUUCCUGGGCACUUUGUAUGUCUGUGCCCACCCUUUUAUACCGGAAAGUUUUGCCAUCAACACUAUAACCCCUGUGAUCCACUCAGUGACCCUUGCAGAAACAACUCAACGUGCUUGACUUUGGCAGAUGGAAAUCAUUAUUGUGUGUGUAGAGAAGGAUUUGAGGGAGAACAUUGUGAAAUUAAUGUGAAUGAGUGUUUCCCCCUUCCCUGCCAGAAUUAUGGUGACUGCAAAGAUGGGGUCAACAAUUUCAGAUGUGCUUGUGGACCUGGGUUUUCUGGAACUCUAUGCGAUCUUGAAAUGAAUGAGUGUUCUUCUAGACCUUGCAAGAAUAAUGGAACCUGUGUGGAUCUGUCAAACAGAUUUGUGUGCAUCUGUGAACCAGGUUACCAUGGAUCUCUCUGUGAAUUGGAUAUGAAUGAAUGUGAAAUCUCACCUUGUCUAGAUGGAGAAGAUUGUGUUAGCAGAACUGGUGGAUACAACUGCCUCUGUUCUCCUGGUUAUACAGGCAUCAAUUGUGAAGUAAAUAUAGAUGAAUGUCUAUCAAAACCCUGUCUCCAUAAUGGACCUGGCACUGAUGGCAUCAAUCAUUAUACCUAUGACUGCAAGAGUGGAUUUUUUGGAACACACUGUGAAGCAAAUGCAAAUGAUUGCCUCUCAAAUCCUUGUCUACAUGGAAGAUGCAUAGAUCUCAUUAGUGAAUAUCAAUGUUCAUGUAUUGAAGAAUGGACUAGUUCAAGAUGUGAGAUCAAGAUUAAUAACUGUACAUCAACUCCUUCAAUGAAUGAAGACUUCUGUCAGAAAUCAGUCGAUGACUUUACUUGCAUUUGCCCAGGUGGAUUCACUGGUGCAUAUUGUGAAGUACAUAUUAACAGUUGUGCUCAGCCUGAACUGAAUUUGGUCCUCUGUCAUAAUGGAAGGAUUUGUGUUGAUAGACCUGGACACAUGUUUUACUGCAGACAGAGAGAGACAGUGUGAUCAGGGGAGGGUCA